AUGACACAAACCAAUGGGGAGUUGGAGCACUCGAAAGAGGCUCCCCAGCCUACCCAAGAGAUUGCCAAUGGCGAUGCCCCCGAGGGCACAGAGGAGGAUAACGCUGGAGGUCUUUUCCAGAUUUCCGUGAAGCUCCCUCAUGCGCCACACAAGAUUCAAGUGAUGGUUUCUAGCCAAGAACAGGUCCAGGAUGUCCGCCAAUCUAUUGUCGAGCUUCCCGGAACUUUCCAAUACACUUGCUUCCACCUCGAGUUCAACGGCACCCGUAUCAACGAUUUCGUCGAGCUGUCCGAGGUGCCCGGUCUUGAGGCUGAUUCCGAGAUUGUCCUGGUCGAGGAUCCUUAUACCGAGAAGGAGGCUCGUAUGCACGUUGUGCGAAUCAGGGAACUGAUUGGUGCUUCGGGCGACCGUGUUGACAACCUUCAUGGUAUCUCCGCUGGCCUGUCCCUGCAUGAUGCUAUCUCCGCAGACGCCAUCAAGGCCAGCGAGUCUGAGAAGGAACACUCGCUCUCCAAGUAUGACCUGACCGGAGUUUCCUCGCUGAAGACUAUUCUGCCCACCGCACAGGCUCCUCUUCCCAAGACCGUGAAGUCCAUUUCUCUGUCUUCAUGGAACCCUGUUCCUUACAGUCUCCGCCAGAAAGGCCACUUGCUUUACCUUGUGGUUGCCACCAACGAAGGUGAAAUCUUCCAGAUCACUGCUCAUGUGUCUGGUUUCUUCGUGAACAAGUCCUCGAACGGCAAAUUCGACCCAUUCCCCAAGCCAACACACCCGAAGAAGGGCAACGCCCACUCCCUGCUCACCCUGAUCUCCCAACUCUCCCCCUCGUUCAACACCUCUUUCGAGGCUCUGCAGGAGUACAACAACGAGAAGGAUCUUUUGACCACCUUCCCCUUCCAGAACGCCAUCCCCAACAGCCCAUGGCUCAUUAGCCCCAGCACGUCGAGCUUGAGCGCCCACCAGUCGGAUAUCACCCGCUCGCAGGAAAACUACCUGAUCUCUGGCGUUGACAACGCCGAGACUCUGCGUGACUGGAACGAGGAGUUCCAAACCACCCGCGAGCUGCCCCGCGAGACCGUUCAGGAUCGUGUGUUCCGGGAGCGAUUGACCUCUAAACUGUUUGCUGAUUAUAACGAGGCUGCCGCUCGUGGUGCAGUCCUGGUUGCUCGGGGUGAAGUUGCUCCCCUGAACCCUACUGAGGCGCGGGACGCCCAGAUCUUCGUUUACAACAACAUCUUCUACUCCUUUGGCGCUGAUGGCGUUGGCACUUUCACUUCCGAAGGUGGCGACGAAGCCGCACGUGUGGCCGUGGGCAAGGAUGUUCUUGGUAUCAAGGCUGUGAACCAGCUCGAUAUUGAUGGUCUGUUCACCCCUGGAACCGUGGUGGUGGAUUACUUGGGCAAGCGUAUCGUUGGCCAGAGUAUUGUUCCUGGUAUCUUCAAACAGCGCGAGCCCGGCGAGCACCAGAUUGACUAUGGCGGUGUUGAGGGUAAGGAGGUUGUAGCCACUCACCCCGACUUUGUUCCGGUCUUCGAGAAGCUCUCGAAGGCGCUGCGUGUCAAGCAGCACCCCGUCUGGGACAAGGAGAACCAGCGUCAUGAAUUGGAAGGUAGCGUUGAGACUAAGGGACUGUUGGGUACCGACGGCAGGAAGUACGUCCUGGAUCUCUACCGCAUUGCUCCUUUGGAUGCUGAGUGGCAGGAGGAGGAUGGCAAUGAUGUUUACCCCCACCGCAUGUCUGUCCUCAGACUCGAGUUGAUCGAGUCCUACUGGCGCCACAAGAUGAGCCAGUACGUGAAGGCUGAGGUGGAGCGUCGUAAGGCUGCUAGCGCCGAGGCCGCGAAGGAGGGCAAGACCGAGGAGGAGAAUGCUGAUCAGGAGCGGGUUGACAUCUCCGGAUUCCAGCUGGCUCUCAACCCCGAUGUCUUCAGCGGUCAAGUUCCCCAGACCAAGGAGGAGAAGGAGCAAUGGGCACAGGAUGAGCAAGAAGUUCGGGAUGCUUGCGAUCACCUGCGCUCCAAGGUCAUCCCCGACCUGCUCAAGGAUCUGCACGAUGGCGACGUCGGUUUCCCCAUGGACGGUCAAUCGCUGACCCAGCUGUUGCACAAGCGUGGUAUCAACAUUCGUUACCUCGGAAAGUUGGCUCAGCAGUCUACCGAAAAGGGACCUCGCCUGCAGGCCCUGUCCACUCUUCUGGUCCAGGAGAUGGUUACCCGUGCCUUCAAGCAUGUGACUAACCGCUACCUCAACAACGUCCCCGCUCCAUUUGUCGCCCCUUGCCUUGCUCAUCUGCUGAACUGUCUCCUCGGCGCCGAUGUCAAUGCUACUCCCAAGGCGGAGAUUGACGAAUCACUGCGAGCCAUCUUCCCCGAGGGUGACUUCUCUUUCGAGAAGGUCACUCCCGAGUCCCUUCGCGCCGAUAUUGAGAAGCAGGUGACCAUCCGUUUCCGCUUCUCCCUUGAGAAGGACUGGGCCAACUCUCUGAGACACCUGCAGCUUCUGCGUGAUAUCUCGAUCAAGUUGGGUCUCCAGCUUGGCGCCCGUGAUUUCGCCUUCACCCAGGCCCAAGCCAAGGAGCAGGUUAUUGUUCCUGUGGUUGCCCCUACCCCCGAGGAGCCUAAGCGAAAGGGCAAGAAGAAGGGUGGCGAUAACAAGUCUCCUACUCGUGCCGCUCCGGCGCCUGCUAAGCCUGCUGUCACUUUCACCGCUGAUGAUAUCCUGAAUGUCGUCCCCUUGGUUCGUGAUGCCUCUCCUCGCAGUGCAUUGGCAGAGGAGGCCCUGGAGGCCGGUCGUAUUUCUCUUAUGCAGAACCAGAAGCAGUUGGGCCAGGAGCUCAUCCUGGAGUCUCUGUCUCUGCACGAACAGAUUUACGGUAUCCUGCACCCCGAGGUCGCCAAGCUCUACCACCAGCUUUCUAUGCUGUACUAUCAGACUGAUGAGAAGGAGGCUGCCGUGGAAUUGGCCCGCAAGGCUGUCAUCGUCACUGAGCGCACCAUGGGUGUCGAUUCGGCCGAUACUAUCCUCAGCUACCUCAACCUGAGUUUGUUCGAGCAUGCCUCUGGCAACACCAAGACCGCUCUUGUGUACAUUAAGCACGCCAUGGAUAUCUGGAAGAUCAUCUACGGUCCCAACCACCCUGACUCCAUCACCACGAUGAACAACGCCGCCGUGAUGCUGCAGCACCUCAAGCAAUACACCGAUUCUCGCAAGUGGUUCGAGGCCUCUCUCUCCAUCUGCGAGGAGCUCUUUGGCAAGGACUCUAUCAACACCGCCACUAUCCUCUUCCAGCUGGCCCAGGCCCUUGCUUUGGACCAGGACUCCAAGGCUGCUGUCGGCAAGAUGCGCGAGGCUUACAACAUCUUCCUCGCCCAGCUUGGACCUGAAGAUCGCAACACCAAGGAGGCCGAGAACUGGCUCGAGCAGCUCACCCAAAACGCUGUCUCUAUUGCGAAGCACGCCAAGGAUAUCCAGGCUCGCCGUCUCCGCCGCAACCCUCUGAACCCCCGUGUGUCUUCCAUGGGUACCCGUGUUCAACCCCAGGUUGGCCAGACUGCGCCUGAAAUCAGCGCACCUGUUGAUGCCUCCGGUCUUGACUCCCGCAGCAUUGAUGAACUUCUGAAGUUCAUCGAGGGCACCGAUGCCACCUCUUCGCGUUCCAAGCAAAAGAAGCGCGCCGCCACCAGCAACCCCAAGCUUCGCGGCUCCAAGCAGUCUAACAAGGCAUAA